AUGACAACCAUAUCAACAUUGGUGGUCGUUUAUGCGUCCCUCCUUACGCUGGACUGGACGGCGGAUCAGGUUCAGGCGAAUAAGCUGUGCGAAAAGUAUUGUCGUGAAAAGCCUCGGUGGAAAUCGUGCCUCAGCCGGCAUCGAAUUAUAAACGGCGAUCCCUCGUUUGUGCCCUGGCGCGCCUUGCUUGAAACGACCGAACUUGACAACAGUCUGUCAUACUGUUCUGGUUCCCUCGUCUGCAUCUCCAACGAACCGGUGAUCGUGACCGCCUCUCACUGUUUCUCUGACGAGUAA